UUGCCUUUUCGAAUUUAUUCAACUUCAUUCCUUGACCCUUGUUUUCAGCUGGAAAUUGCGAAUGAUGAGAACGUCCCCCCUGCGGGAGACACUGUCGGUCGGCGACUUCCAAGAGAUGUCAGAGGAGCCAAAAAAGCUUCGUCACCAUCGUGUAAUAGGACUCCACUGCGAAUGAAAAUAAAGAAGUUCGACGAUGUGGCGAAGAUAUGCGAAAGUUCUGUCAGAUAUCCAUCGUCAACAGCCCAUUUGUCUCACAGCAGACAGGUUGCGUCUGACGCUUGUUUAAUGCCCAUAAAAACUCGCUUACGGGCUGUUGUUCUGAAUGACAAGGGUGCUGUCACAUAUCGCACAGUGGGGCCUGAUAGUCCGUGGGGUGCCAAGCACCCUCCUGCUCGAAUCAUUCCUAUUUGCGAUAAGCUGAAAGAAACCAUCCCGAGAAACAAAGCGAAAGAAGAUUAUUCAAGCGACGAAAGUGAGAGUGAAGAGAGCGGCGUAGUUUCUGAUGAAGAUAUAAAAGAUGAUAUAAAAGAGCGGCACAGUCAGCAAAAAAGACGAUCUGUAGCGCCACCACCAACCCGGUUCAAAACUAUCACUAAGUUGUCGCCCAAGAAAAGCCGAAGUAUUGCUCAAAAUUCUAAACAAGCCAAACGAAAAAUAGAAACCUUGGAGGAUUUUCGCCGUCGCCUGCAUACAUCUGAGGUUCCUGAGCGCAUGCCUUGUCGUGAAGAGGAAGCAGCCGAGGUCGAAAAAUUCAUUCGCAAUGCGAUAUCGCACAAAGGAACAAGCAGCGCUAUGUAUAUAAGUGGUGUUCCUGGAACAGGAAAAACUGCCACAGUAGUAUCGGUAAGCGAAUAA